GCUGUUUACUAAAUAUUUCAGCAGAGCAAUUGAUGUAUGUCGUUUAAGGUGAAAAGCUGGAGAUGGAUUUCUUGGUGAGAAUAUUUGGCCAGAACCAGAAAGCAGCUCUGUGCAUGACCGGGACCGCGGUGGCUCUGCUCGGACUCGCGCUCGGCUACAAAUACACGCGCAGGCGGAGAAAGUUAACGCAGGUCGGAGUUGUGUCGCAGCUGUUGCUUCAUCCUCUGAAGUCUGGGAAAGCGGUGUGUGUGUCUGCAGCCGAGUGUCAGAGGAUUGGCCUCAAAUGCGGAGACCUUCGUGAUCGUCACUGGCUGGUCAUUACAGAAGAUGGCCACAUGGUGACAGGGAGACAGCAGCCUCGCUUGGUUCUUGUGUCUCUGACUUGUGAGGGAGGGCAGGUCUGUCUCAGUGCUCCUGGGAUAGAGGAGCUCAAGUUUCCCCUUCACCAGCCCACCAAUCCCAUCAUUAAAUGCAGGGUGUUUAGUUCAGACACCGAAGGCAGAGACUGUGGCGAUGAGGUCUCCAAUUGGUUCACUCGAUUUCUGGCAGAUGACAAGACCUUUCGCUUGGUGCACUUUGAACCCCAGUUAAAGGCCCGAGUACCUCCUGAGAAAGGCUUUCCCAAGGAUGAAAAGGUGGUUUAUCAGGACACGGCUCCUGUCAUGUUGAUGUCAGAAUCCUCUCUGGACGACCUGAACAGCAGACUAAAUAAUGGCAUCUCUAUGUGUCAGUUCCGACCCAGCAUUGUGGCCAGCGACUGUGAACCUUACAGCGAGGACUCAUGGGACCAUGUGCAGAUUGGAGAAGUGGAAAUGCAGAGAGUGAUGGGCUGUGGAAGGUGUAUUCUGACCACUGUUGAUCCUGAAACUGGAGUAAUCACUAGAAAGGAGCCAUUGGAUACUCUCAAAACUUAUCGGCUAACUGACCCGGCCCAAAAAACUGCACCAAUACUUGGGCAACUCUACACGGUCAAGAAAACUGGGAUGCUCCAUGCCGGUGAUCCUAUUUACAGAAUUAGUUACUAGGGAAGGGCAUUAUAGAUCUCACAUGAAGUUCAAACCUUAUGAAAAGCUGUAACCUUAACAAAUAUAUUAUCUUGCACUUGCUAUUUACACAAUUCUAUAUUGAGUAAUGCUAUUAAAUACAAAACAUAAUAAUUACACCAGUACAGUAUAUUCUACAAUGUAUAAUUCACAUUAAUGUCAAUAUAAAUUGUCAGAAACAUAACUACUUUAUGUUUGUGUGCUGUGAGAGGAAAUAAAGCAGAAUGUGUGUAUUUCAUUGAAUUAAUAGUAAAUAAAUA